AUGGCGAACCUCGAGAGUCUCGAGGAGGCCACUAUUCGCCAGGACCUGUGUGCCUCGAGCCCUUCUAUUGAGGCGCACGAGCGUCGUCGUCUGGCCUUGGAGAGAAUCGACAACGCUCGCUUCGGUUAUCACCAUGUCCGUGCCGUCAUCGUCGCAGGCGUUGGCUUUUUCACGGAUUCCUACGAUAUAUUCGCGAUUAACCUGUGUUCCAACAUGCUGGGUAUUGUUUUCUGGGCAGGAGCCAAGCAGAAUGCUGGCAAGAUUCCUACCAACGCGGACACGGCCAUCAAGGUUGCAACCUCUGGUGGCACCGUCAUCGGCCAACUCUUCUUUGGAUGGCUGGCCGACCGCAUUGGCCGCAAGCGCAUGUACGGCAUCGAACUUAUGAUCAUCAUCUUUGCAACCCUGACCCAGGCCCUCACCUCGUCGUCGCCCUCGCUUUCCGUGGUCGGUCUGUUCAUCUUCUGGCGUGUUAUCAUGGGCAUCGGCAUCGGCGGUGAUUACCCGCUCUCCUCGAUUAUCACUUCUGAGUUCGCAACUACGAAGUGGCGUGGUGCUAUGAUGGGCGCCGUCUUUGCCAUGCAGGGUAUCGGCCAGUUUACCGCCGCCGUUAUGGCCCUCAUCGUGACUGCAGGCUUCCGCGAGUCCCUCGAGACCGCAAAGGAUGUAGGUCACUGCACCGGUGUCUGCCAGCUUGCUGUCGACAAAAUGUGGCGAACCAUAAUCGGCAUUGGGGCUGUACCUGCGUGUCUCGCAUUGUACUACCGUCUUACCAUCCCGGAGACCCCUCGUUAUACGUUCUAUGUCUCGCGUGAUAUUGCCAAGGCCGAUGAGGACAUUGAUGCUUAUAUCCAGGGUCACCGCGGCCGACAUCCCGAUGAGGUCCAGCGUAUCAUGAUUCGCCGCCACGACAGAGCAGAGUUCACGCCACCCAAAGCUGGCUGGCCUGACUUUGUUAAGCACUAUGGCAACUGGGAGAACGGAAAGACCUUGCUCGGCACUGCGGGCUCCUGGUUCUUCCUCGAUGUUGCUUUCUACGGACUCGGCCUGAACAACUCGAUCGUACUCAGUGCCAUCGGCUGGACUGGAGGUAAGAACGUCUACGAAAUUCUCUACCGCAACGCUGUUGGCAACCUGAUCCUCAUCUGCGCCGGUGCCAUUCCUGGCUACUGGGUUACAGUCGCUACGGUCGACACCAUCGGGCGCAAGCGCAUCCAGCUCGCCGGCUUUAUCCUGCUAACAAUCAUCUUCAUCGCCAUCGGUUUCGGUUAUGACAAGCUCAAACACACGCACAACGGUCUGCUUGCCCUUUACGUGUUAGCACAGUUCUUCUUUAACUUCGGACCCAACGCCACCACCUUCAUCGUGCCCGGUGAGUGCUUCCCGACCCGAUACCGCUCCACCUCGCAUGGCAUCAGUGCAGCGGCUGGUAAGAUUGGCGCCAUCAUCGCGCAGUGUGUGUUCGGUCCGCUGGUCCACCGUGGUGCUCCCAAGGGAUCCUCCGACUCGCCCUGGCUCAAUCACGUCAUGCAGAUCUUCGCUCUAUUCAUGUUCUGCGGCAUCUUCACUUCGCUCUUGAUCCCCGAGACCAAGCGCAAGACGCUGGAGGAGCUUUCCGGAGAGGCCACCCCCAGCCCUAUCGUGGCUGCCCAGCACAGCGAGAAGACUAGCACCGACGAUGAUCGCCAACAGACCGUCACCAACAUGGCUGUCCAGGGCCGUUAG